CUGAUGUAAAUGGAAGAUAGCAGUAAAUACGGCCCGCUGGUUGUUUAAAAGAAUUUAUAAUUAGGACAGCAGAAACUUCUGGAGCGGAACUGAAAAGACUUGUUUUUAAAUGUCUACAAACCUUCAGUAUUCACAUUACGUGACAAAGAGCCGAAACUGUUGAAGCAAUAAAUGAUAUUGCUCGAAAUAUGUGGUUCUGUUGGUGAGAGCAAUUUGGACUUUGGAUGCACGGUGUUUUACUCAUCCUCUGAUGAAAUGACUAAUUCUUUUAAAAACCCAAAAUAAAACCAUGCUAUCGUAUCCCAUUUUGAUCGCAUUUCUGUUACCUUGUCUAUCUGAUGCGGAAGAUGUGAGUCAAUUGACAGGACAGAAAUUUUCAGAUGAACUUGAGCGAAUGGAUAUUAAUGGUAUUGGAGCCCCAAAUCUUCAGAAUUAUUACGAUAGUCUCAUAUAUGAUAAACAAACGGACACAGGCACAGACAUUGUCAUAAAGAUGACAGACAACUUGGCCCAAAUGUUCCAAACAAUGACAAACCAACUAAGGAACGUAAAAGAUGCGAUAGAACAAGAAUAUGAUGACUUUAGUACGACGGUUCAGAACAUCUUUCCACAAUGUUGUAAAAUCAAGGGAACAUACAGCCCAAAAUUUAGAACAGAGGUAUCAGAGACCAGGGCAUGCAUAUCACAAUCCCCUCCUCCGAACCAUUUUCCAAACAAAAAAAUUGAAGACGUAAUGAAAUCGAACUAUCAAAAUAACCCAAACCUGUUGUGGCAAUACUUUGGAGGGAGUGAUGGAACAUUUCUUGUCUUUCCAGCUCAUAGAUUCAGCGACAAUUGUUUUUCAUAUGACCCAAGAUUGAGACAAUACUAUGUUGCCACGGCGGCCAACAAGCCAAAAGAUGUGGUGGUAGCAGUUGACGUAUCAGGCGUGACGGCCACGCGCAGUAACUACAACUCGAAAACACUGCUCAUCGUGGCACGUGAGGCUGUCCAGUACGUCAUUGAUACACUCAAUCCAAACGACAGGAUCGGAUUAGUGGCUUUUAACGACAAAGCUAAGAAACCAUUGUCUUGCCAUGGUACUCAGUUAGCAAAGGCAACAACUUCUAACAAAAAAAUUCUGCAAGACUUUACAAAAACUUGGACUUCUGAGGGAAAUUCAAAUUACAGUGCCGGAAUUGAAGCAGCUUUUUCGUAUUUUGUUUCCAGUGAGGCGGAGCCUCAGAGGAAUACAAGAGAAUCCGUCAUAUUGUUUUUGGCUGCUGGUGACAACUCUGGUGAAGAUCCUUUAGAUGUUAUCAAAGAUGAAAACGAGGCUCGAAAUAACUCCGUAACCAUUCUAACGUACUCAUUUGGAAUAGGUAUAAGUUCUUCCUGGAGGGAACUUUUGACCAACAUGAGCAAACAAGUUAAGAACGAUAACCCAUAUGGACAUAAAAUCAAGGAAGGCACUUACACUCACAUGGUAAACCACUCACUGCUCCAUUCUAAAAUGUCCUCUUACUACAAGGACCUUUCUAUCACAAACCUUGGUGACGAGCCUGUCUUCUCCGUCCCUUACGUAGAUGAGCGUUCUGCAAAAACCGGACUCAUUUCGUCACUAUGUUUACCUGUGGACAAACUCGGGGGAUUAGUCGGAGUAACAUGUACAGAUAUUCUCUUGGACGAAUUGCUAUCCGAUAUUACAAAUUUUAAGCAAGGAGAGCUCUCAUACGCAUUUAUGAUAGACGGUCAAGGCCGGGUUAUGGUGCACUACUUGCAGCCGACGCCGAAUGCUAUCACCAUUAACCCUGAUCCCAUAGAUAUUUAUACUUUGGAAACUAGUCCAGAAGCCAGACCAAUGAUUGAAUCAAUGAAAAGAGGAGAGAAUGGGACUAAAACAUUCAAACACCUCAGAACGAUAUCGCGAGGAAUAUUAGAAUAUGAGGGAAUUGAAGCGAGAGAAGUGGAGGCAGAAUACAGCUGGAGAAAGGUCCCUGGAACGAAUUUUUCAUUGUGCGUUGUGCUUGGAAAGAAUGACCAACAAUCUCGUUUGAACCAAAAUCAGGAAUUAUUGGUUAAAAAGGGAGUAUUUUAUUACCACAGACUGGACCUCAACACCAAACCUACACAAAAGUGCAGAGAAUAUCAAAGAUAUUCAACAAUAGAACAUUCGAUGGUUAUGUUGUCACCCCAUGCCUUCGUGAAACCUUACGAAUAUCUCUAUCGUAAUGAAACACACGCAGAGGUUGUGGCAUAUUCUAGAUAUCUUAACGAUGAAACUGAAUUUCAGGCUAAUGAAAAUCUCAAACUCAAGGAAAAUGUCAAAACUAGUAUCCAAGCAACCUACAAAGCAGAGGAGUUCUGGAAACAAAAUCAUGACCAAUCCCAGUUUGUAGUUUGGCGCUAUCUGGGGACACGUGAUGGUCACGUGCGAGUUUAUCCAGCCGUUGAGAUAUCAAGAGAUUAUGACCAUUUUAUGAGACCCUGGUGGCGAAGAACCGUUGCUCAGAAAGGCAAAUUUGUUGUAGUCUCCCCUUACCUAGAUAACUGGGGAGCUGGUCUUAUUGUGACUCAAUGUAAAGCUGUAUAUGAAGGGAGGAGUUACGGAUCACACUCAAAGGCUGAUAUUGUAGAUGUUGUCCAGUGUAUAGAUUAUCCUUACCCGUAUUUUAGCCGUAUGUUCUUGAACACCUACCCAGAAUGCAAUAGCGAUGAAUACCGUUGCAUGGUGAUUGACAUCAGUGGCUUUCUGGUUAUUUAUCCAAGUUUCUCUGUUGUUGCCGAUGAACCCGACAUUGAGUUGAAACACUUAGGAAUGAUGGAAAGGAAUAUUAUGCAAGAACUUCUUAAAGAAAAAAUCAUCGAAAAAGAAAGCUGUUUAGAUAUAGAAACUAAGAAACAGUUUUUUUCGUAUCGCGUACUCCUGUCGGAUUUAGAUGAACCUGUUAAUAAACUGCUAACAAAGGGCUAUAAGAUCUCCCCUGUUCCUAAAAGCAAUAUUUACAUCAUCAUCAAGAGGAAGGACCGCCUAAGUCCGGGAACCUGUUGUCCGUUCUCAAACAUAUCGCCUUUGGAGAACACGUGUAGCGGUACUGAUUGCUGUUUAUGCCACAAAAUAGUACCGUAUGAUUCGUGCCAAGAAAAAACUACAUCAGGGCAGCCAUAUCAUAUCUGUAGUGCAAGAUUACCAGAUUCAAACGUCAGAGUUGAUCGCGAACUGGAUAAAAUCAAAACGUUGAGUCCUUGUUUUGAUGGGCAGUGUGAUGCUCGAAAAAACGAGCAAAACUGUUACAAGGUGGCAGGGUGCAGUUGGUGUGUUCAAGACAAUGUUGGAAUUGAGUAUACACCCGACAAUCAGUGUUGUAAUAUUUUUGAGACAUGUCCAUUUGGCAAAGUGGAAGAUCAGAAACAGACCAGUUGUUUGAAAAUGAAAAUGGAAACGUCAAAGAAUUCAUCGUCUGAAGUUUUGAUUGGUGCAGCGAGUGGUGUAGCAGGAGGGGUGGUCAUAAUCCUCAUCAUUGUCUUAAUAACUGUCAAAUGCCGAAAUCGAGCUCCAAGGCAAAACGAGAGCCCGGACUAUCUGACAGCUGUCAGUGAAAACGUUGUUUACAGUAGGACCAACGAAAUUCAGUAUCUAAGUGGAGAAGCUGAGAAACCCUCUCAAAUGAACCAAUAUUCUUCCAUGAGUACUUCUAGUGAUGGGAGUGGGAAUUGCCCAGUUGACAAUACUCAGAAGGUGCAUACAUAAUUAUUUAGUGUGAAAAGCUGUAUGAAAAAAAUAUUUUUACAUUGUUUUAUUCUUUGUGUGCGGUUGAUGUGAUGACAUUUUGACUCAACAUGUAUAUCACUUAUUAGUUGUAACUGACGCUGAAAUUUAGCAUUACAACUAUAAAAACAAUAUUUUUUUCGUUACAAGAGUGCCUGCAUAUUGAUUUUAAUUAGGUUAUCGCACAAUUUCAAUUUUAAGUUAAUUUGUUAUCUAAAUUUAAAGAAUGUGGUACAACAAGUAUUCUAGACACAUUUUGCCGCUUAUUUUUCAUGAGAAAUGAACAGUCGAACUCCAUUGAUAAUUUAUUAUAAGAUAUAACAUUUUUAAUUUACAAACACAUACGUUAUACAGUGAAAACAUAUUGCAUUACAAUGUAAAAGUUACAUGUCACACUUAGAUGUAAUUUGAAAUCGGUGGUCAUGAAGACACAUCCCGUUGAUAAUUAGAGAGAGGCCUUCCAUUAAAUUUGCAAUACAUGAUAAACCAUGUAUGUCUUAAUAGUAAAUUCGGUUUUAUUGUUGUACAUCUGUCUGGAACAAAGAAACACCAAGGUUUUACAAAUACUCAAACUUUAAAAAAACAUU